AUGAAAUCUCAAUUCAAGAAUAUCGACUGGCGGAUUCCAGAGCAGGUCACUGAAUCGUAUCCGUCUUGUAAAGAUUUCGCCCUUGAUGAGGGCGUCUUGGUCACAGAUAAAGGCGUGUUUCGAUUAAAAGAUAGAGCUCAAUAUGCAUUCAAAGCAAUAUGUGAAAACGGGCAACCGGUUCUUUCAUCUAUGAAUACAGUUUUUUCAAGGUUGGGACUUGCCGUUACGCCGAUAGAGAAGCUGUCAUGGCACAAAUAUAUAAGCCACAGCACGGAUUCAACAAUGUUGCCCCGGUUUCGAUACUCGAUAUAUCCACUUGUGUAUUCGCUGUGUACCGGAAUGGUUAUAAUUCUUUAUUGCACUUCUCUCCUCUUCACAAAGCACUACAUCACGGCUUUCAGACCCGGUUUUUUGAUGAAAUCCUCGUGCCUUGUUGCCUGUGCCCAGGUUGUUGCCAUAAAUGUAUACUCUAUGGUGAAUAUCUUCCACCAAGGUCUAGAUGGCAAGUGUUCAAGCACAGAGUUACUCAACAAGUUGACCUUCUCCACCGGAUUCAACGUGGUUUACCUUAUAGUGUUUCUCCUUCUUCUUUUGAGCCAGGUCAACAUUGUGAAGAGAUUGUAUCCGAGAAGAAAUGAGAGCAAGUUUAUUCUCAUUAUUGGUACAACGCUGGUUAUCAUAACGGAGGCGCUUUGGGCCACUGCAAACUUCUUGUCGCAGAGUAGAGGUUUUGCUUACUCGUCUGUGGCCAUCACCAGCUCCGACAGCACAGAUUCCGAAUCUUCUGAUGAAAAUGAUGAGAAUGUUAUCGUUCUUAUCCUUCCUGUUUUUGUGUACUUGUUGGAGAUCUCGCUCUCUGUGCUAUACACAUGCUUGAUAUACCUCUACUGUCUCAGCAAGAAGCGGUACGCAUUCAAGUCGUCGAUGAUCAUCACGACAUUAUUGACGAUAGUUGCCAUAAAUUCGCCAAUUGCCUUUUUCCUUGCCGACAUCUCCAACGUCUGGGUGAACAAGUUCUCGAGCUUCUUCAGCAUGGCUUCUUACGUAAUCACCAACGUGGCCACCUGGGAGUGGCUAAACCAGUUGGAGCAAGUCGAGAAGGAUGACCAGCAGAAGAACCUAUUGGGGAGACGCUUUUUCUUGGAUGACUACAUAGAGGAAGAAUAUGACGAUGCGGGACCCGAGUAUGGCUCGAAAGCUGGACUUUCAGAUGCCGAAACGGGAACCCGUGUACUAAAUGCACCAACUGACACGGGCAACUCGCUUGCAGUUUCAUCGAGUGGUCAAACUUACAACUUGAAAGAUUUACAUGGGUCGAAAUUUAAAGAACAGCUUUCCCGGUAUAGGGACAAGAUUGAGAAGACAUUUAUUGAAAGUAUCCGAGGUAUCGAUCUCAAGCAGCCUUUGAGGCAAGGGCUGCCGGAAAAGGUCGAUGAUGGGGAGGAAAGUGGUAUCGAUUUAAGCACGAGGUCUCCGGACAGAGAUGUUUAUAUAUAUCGCAAAAAGGAGGUUGUUUUCCCGGAGAGUGCGAUGGAGUCUGCGUUUUCAAAUAGUAAUAAUCGGAUGGAGGAACCGCGGGCAGAGGAGCCCGAGAUAUCCCGGAUAAAGGCUGUUUCUGGAAUAAUCCCGGCGCUUGGUGUUGGUUUGAAAAGGAGGUUUUGGGGAAAGGACAAAAAUGUCAUUAACCAUCGUAUGAAAACAUUAAGUGGGGUGGAUAAUGCAAAGGAUAAGGGGAUAGAUAAGGGGAUAGAUAAUGUAAAAGAUACGCCACGGUUGAAGAUUUUGGGACUAAAUGAUUCUCUCCGUGUGGACGAACUGCAGCCGGAUUCACGUAACGAGGAAAAUUCAUCAAGUACGGAAGAGAGUUCAUCAAUGUAUACAGGCACGGAUGUUUAUUCAGGGGCGUCUCUUCCAUCUGUGCUCAGAAGUCUAAGUUUUGACCCUUCGGUACACUUCGAGUUCGGUUCAGACUCUGAGACUGGCGCAGAGUAG